ACAUUAACUGUCACAAGACAACACAUGUGUCACACUGCAACUCUUCAUGCAACUUGCAACCGCAAUUCCUCACUUUCUCUUCUUUUCUUCUUUCUAUCUUCCUUUUGUUUUGUGGAUCAAACAAAACUUGUUGAGCUUCAAUUCAAUUCAACUUAUUGUUUGGAUGACCAUGAAGAAGAAGCAUGCAUGUUAGAGAUGAAAUCCACUCAUAAGUUUCAUCUCUAACAAUUUGAGUUUAUGGUAUGAAAUGAAUGAUGCUUUUCAACUUCAUUAGAAUCUAUGAUGCUUUUGUUAAAGAAUUUGGAUGUCCUUGUCAAUUAAAUAAAUGCUUUAUGCUUCUUUAUUUGGUUCACAUGUAAGGACAUGUUUGGAUUCACAUAAACACUUGUGAGACUGUUUGAGAAAACUUAUGAAAAUAACUUAUGACAUGUCCUUAAGUUGUUUUUCAGCUUAUUUACAUAAGUUCUCCAGGCUAGCUGCAAAAAAACUUAUAGCUUAUAUAUUUAACAAUCUGUCUUUACUUUAUCUAGUGUUAUAGAAAUAACUUGUAUAUAAACACUUAUAAGAUAAACACUUACGUCAUGCAUUUAAUUAAGUUAUUUAUCCAAACAUGGCCUAAAUCUAAUACAUUUGAAAUGUUGAAUUAAGAAUGUUGCAUAUAAGGAAGUUGGAUUAAUGGUUUGUUGAAACAAUUUGACUUUAAUGAGUAACAGAUAAUUCAGUCAAGUAAUUUGGUGCUAGGCUUAAUGUUACUGUUAAUGAAUUAGUGGCCUCAAACAUUUACAUUUGUUAUAUAUAUAUCAUGCGCUCAGAAUUAUUUUCAUUUCAAGGCGCGACAUAAAAGUUGAUAUCGAUUCGGAUAAUAUUUCAGGACCUUUUUGUGAAGAGCUUGUCCUUCUGAAGAUGAGUGAAGAAGAAAACAAUAAAGUAAAACAAAAUAGUGAUAGUGAACUUAAUAAAAAUAGUUCAGGUGCAGGUGCAAAUGCAGCUUCUAGAGCUGACAUGACAUUAGCUACAACUGACCCUCUAUCUGAAAUUGUUUGGUCUCCAGAAAAAGGUCUAAGUCUUAAAUGUGCUGAUAAAAAUAGUUCUCUUUUUCGCGAUGUUGGACCAAGUUGCUCUAUGGUUCUUUCUCUGCCGCAAAGUGUUACUUAUUGCAACUCUAUCACGGAUAAACCUAUUGACGAUAAUUUUCUAAAAUCUAUAGCUAUUGCAUGUGUCAAGCCCGAUUAUAAAGCCGAUGAAGAAAAUAGCAACGGUAAAGGAUCUCGUGGUAACGAAGAGAAAGUAAAGACUGUUGAAAGAGCGCCUAAUUUUCCCUAUGAUCAAGAUUGGGAGAAGAAUAUUGGUGAUCAAGCCAACAUUGGAACCGAUGAAAUAUCUAGAAUAGAAGGAAACAAAUUAUCUGCUAUUUCAGUUGAACCUAAACUUAUCAUCAUGGAGCAAAAUCCUUCACCAGGGAGACCUUCCAAUGAAGGCAUAGAUUUUGGUAUCGGAAAAAAGGCAGUUGGAAUUGGAACAGAUGAUGAUUUACAUGUGUUUGAGCCUAUAAUUGAAUAUAAAGGCUCUGGUGCUGCAGGAACUAAUUUAACAUCUUCCAGUAGGAAUCCCUUAGAAAAAACGGAAUUUUGUGCCGAGAAUGAUUUAAGAAAUGUUGACACUGAACCUGCUUGUGCUGCAACAUGUGGAGUUACUGUUAUUGAGACUAAAAGCAAAUCUCGUGAGGACAAUGAAAUGACACUAGUUUGCAAUAAGGUUCUUCCGGUUUUGCAUUCUCCAUGUAACAGUGGAAUUCGCGUGGCGAAAAAUAAAGGGAAGGAAAAGUCCUUAUCAGACAGGGACGCAAAUGUAAGAUUAUCAAUGGAUAGUGACAGCAAUUCAAGUGUUGAAAGCUGUAACAGUGCUAGGUUUUUUUCCACAGGUAAGAAGCGGCGUAACUAUCAACAACAGCAGUUGAUAAUUGGAAGUAAAAGAGCCAAAAACAGCGUUGAAGAAACUUCUGGUUCCAAAUCCUAUAUUAAACAUGAAAGCUCAUUCAAAAACUGGAUUUCAAGCAUGGUGAAAGGGAUCUCGCAAUCAGUCCAACACGAUUCAAACAGUUUAUCUCUUAGAAUUGCAAAUCCAGGUCCUCUUAAUGCAUGGUCUGAUGAGAAACUUGUUGCAAGCAAAACAAAUCAAGUUCCUGAGCCGAAAAAUACAGGAUUCAAAUCCAUUUUUCGGUCCAUGUAUAGUCCAAGUUUGAAGGAUGUAGGAACAAGAAUGUUUCAUCAUGAAGGAGAAGGUGAUGAGGAUUUUGAGCCAAGUAAUAGCACGGUACCUGGAAUAAAUGCUACUCCAAUAACCUGUUAUCCAGAGAACAAUAGCCUUGCCGAACGGCAUUUUCAAUCAAAUAGGUUUGUAGAAUCUAUAGGGAGAUACGAUGCUGGUCCGUCGCAGCCUAACAUUGAACCUUUAAAUUUUUUUAACAGUCAGGAAAUCAGCAAAGUUAACCAAGUAGAGAAUGAAAAUUGUUCAAAUUUGGACCUUAGUAAGGAAGAAAUGGCAUCAAAUUCAUCUUCAACAAGACAAAAUACAAAUAAUACUGAUAAUGUAAAUUCCAAUGCACCAUCUGAGAGAAAGGAAGCGGAGAAUAUCGGUCACAGAAGAGACAAUCUAGGGAGUCUGUGGAUAUCUAGAUUUGCACCGAAGUCAACUGCCCCCUUGUUCAACGACCUUUCGUCUUCCCCAGGAAUCACAAACUCGGAGCAAAAUGCUUCGAUGUUUGCCAGGAGAUCUGUUGCCAGUGAUCAUAGUAUGCCGACGAACAAAGCAGAAUGUACCUCACAAGUGAAUAUGUUUUGUUUGUUUUGCGGCACAAAAGGUCACCAACUCAGUGAUUGCUCAGCUGUUGCAGAAAGUGAGCUAGAAGAUCUUCAGAAGAAUGUAAAUUCAUAUGAAGGUCUAGAAAAUUUUCCUUUUAUGUGCAUUAAAUGUUUUCAGCUCAACCACUGGGCAAUUUCAUGUUCCAAACUUCCUAGUGGAAAUAAUUUUAUCCCGAGCAAUGAAGGGAGUGCGAGACAACAGACUGAUGCGGCUGACCGUAUUUUAUCUGGCGGUACUAUCCAUGAUAGAACCGAUCACAAAACAGAUCAGAAUGUUAAUUUGAAGCGGAAAUCAAAUGAUAUUGUAACCGUCGAGAUAGAAUGCAAUGCAUCAUGCAAGAAAUAUUGUGGUUCUAGUUCAAAGGAAAACAAAUUCAAAGACAAACCUAUUAUAACAUCUCCAUCCAGACAUGUACCAGAAAGAAUCUUCGAUGCAGUGAAAAAGCUUCAAUUGUCCCGCACCGACAUCCUAAAAUGGAUAACAGCGCAUGGAUCGAUAUCGCAACUUGAUGGCUUUUUCUUGCGCCUGCGGUUUGGGAAGUGGGAAGAAGGGCCUGGAGGAACUGGAUACCAUGUGGCUUGUAUAAGUGAAACCGAGAGACAUAGUUUAGAGCAGCAUACUAGAAAAUCUCUCUCAGUGAAAGUAGGGGGAAUCAAGUGUAUGGUAGAAAGUCAUUAUAUAUCUAAUCAAGAUUUUCUUGAGGAAGAAAUCAAAGAAUGGUGGUCUAACACCUCAAAAGCAGGUGUUGAGAUUCCAUCUGAAGAAGAUCUGAUUGCAAAUUUUAAAAAGAAACAACUGUUAGGCUUGUAGCCAUUUAUUAAGUAUGUGUUUUGGAACGGCGUUUACAAAAAACUAAGCUUCCGGUGGUUUCUUGCCGUGAUUUUCCUAAAUGUGCCGCUGCUCCAGACAUUCGUCAAGUGUUAAUAUAUUCACCAUCAUAAGCAGUUUAUACUCAUACUUUGUUUCUUAUUCAUAAAAAGUUUGUAUAGAAAAACAAUACUGAUUCGAUUUAGAGGAAUAAUAUAUAUACAUUUUAACCCCUCCCCCUCAGUCACAAUAUCAAUGAAAAAAGCUACAAAUUGCAGCUU